GCUAAUCGGUGUUGUGUAUUACAAUGCCUGAGCCGGCAAAAUCUGCUCCCGCGCCCAAAAAGGGUUCGAAGAAAGCGGUCACCAAAGCCCAGAAAAAAGAUGGCAAGAAGCGCAAGCGCAGCCGCAAGGAGAGUUAUUCCAUCUACGUGUACAAGGUGCUGAAGCAGGUGCACCCGGACACCGGCAUUUCGUCCAAGGCCAUGGGCAUCAUGAACUCCUUCGUCAACGACAUCUUCGAGCGCAUCGCCGGCGAAGCGUCCCGCCUGGCGCAUUACAACAAGCGCUCGACCAUCACGUCCCGGGAGAUCCAGACGGCCGUGCGCCUGCUGCUGCCCGGCGAGCUGGCCAAGCACGCCGUGUCCGAGGGCACCAAGGCGGUCACCAAGUACACCAGCUCCAAGUGAGUCCCUGCCGGGACGCGGUGCUCGCACGAGCCGCCGCCCGCUUGACUCCAAAGGCUCUUUUCAGAGCCACCCACUUAAUCAC